AUGGUUGUUCGGAAAGAAUUUCGCGCAGCAUCUCGCCUAGCUCAAGGACCACCUUUCGAACCCGUUCAGAACACCCAGCCUGAUCAGGCCUUCGACGAGAUUCUACUUUGUCACGCACGCCUCUAUGUGUUCGCAGAUCGUUUCGACAACCCUGAGCUCCUCGAUAUCACUCUAUACAAGCUGAGACGUACAUUGGCAGCCUUCAAGCUGUUCGACGAGAGAGUUCCGGAUCUCUUUGCGCUAAUAAGGUAUUCUUACCUGAACACGAGAGAGGGCGACAGACUUCGUGCCCUGCUGAUCGAGUUUGCAGUCUGUAUGGUCCCUGAGCUUAUCGAUCAUGCUGGUUGGCAUUCUUUUACUAUAGAAGAAGCUUCAUUCAGGGAUGAACUCCUCAACAAGUUAAGAGAGGUCGUAGGAGUUGCACGCGAGUGUGUAUGGUAG